GCAGGAUUUUUAUUUCACCAUGACAUAUUACAAAUUGCUUAAAAAUAAACAGUUUUUCAAAUUCAAAAUUUUUUUAUUUACGAACUGACAUCAUGCCGUCUGUAGAUCACGUCGUGUACAAUGUGCUGGCACCCAUGGCAAUCGACGCCCUCGAUUACAUAGUGCCUGUUGUCCGCCACCUGGUGAUCAUCCUGCAUGAGUCCUUCCUCGUUGAUCACAAGGAGCCGGAACCCGUGAUCGAUGUGUCCGGCAUGAUUCAGCCCGUCCGUAAAAUAGUCCUGAUCGUAAACGAUCCCACGCCGGAGCACCACGCCGAUGAACAGACGGUGGUCAGUUCCGAUGACCUCGGGGGCCUAUUGGGUGGACUGUCGCACAGCAUUCGAAAUCUGGCCCGUUCAACGUAUAAUACCAUCUCGGCGCUGGCCGACUAGCUGGAGUGAGUAGCCUCCGAACUGGCUGUCAGCCAGAGGAGGAAAAGGCCAAAAAGGACUUAAUGAGAGCAACUGCGGAAUGGGAAAUACUGUGCAUGGCUGAUCCACCGAAAGCGGAGUAGGGUUUUUGUUAGUUCCAAGCGGCCUUGGGCUGAAACUUAGCAUUUUUUGUCGGCUUUGUGAGGUUCGAAACCAACAGAGCUCGAUUUACGGCUCUUUCUCCCAAACCAAUUACAAUUCUUAGUCUUGGUACCGAUUGGUGUAUCACUUGACUUUCAUUUCCUUGUGUA